CCCGGCGCUUCCGGCCGUGCAGGAUGGUGCUGCUGGAGAGCGAGCAGUUCCUGACAGAGCUUACCAGACUCUUUCAGAAGUGCAGAACUUCGGGGAGCGUUUUCAUAACGCUGAAGAAAUACGAUGGGAGAACAAAGCCAGUGCCACGCAAGGGCCACGUAGAAACCUUUGAGCCAGCAGACAACAAAUGUCUCCUACGAGCGACCGAUGGGAAGAAGAAAAUUAGCACAGUGGUGAGCUCAAAGGAAGUAAAUAAGUUCCAGAUGGCAUAUUCAAAUUUGCUGAGAGCCAACAUGGAUGGUUUGAAGAAGAAAGACAAGAAAAGCAAAAACAAGAAGAGUAAAGCCACACAGUGAUGGAGCAGUGUCCUGCUGUGCCUACAAGAGACUUGACACUCUCUCAAAGCAAAGUCCAUUUCUUUUUGUUUCCACUUUGGUUUUCCUUCCAGAAGGACAACUGGGCUCUGGUCAGGAUUGGUUUGAACGGAGGAGAAGGUGCUGUCUGUUGUGCGGCAGGAGCAGUUCACUGAACCUGCUUUACAGCCUGCCAGCUGGUUUGUGCUGGGACUGCUGCUUGCUUUCUGUUGUACCAGUGGGCAGCAUAAACCUGUCUGAGGGGUGACCCAGAUGCAGCUACCAGGAGUAAAGCAAGGCUGGAGCAGGGGGGUGGGGCAGGUGCCCAGUUUUACAGCUAAGCCUCAGUAGCAGGAGGGAAAGUGGAUGCCAGCCUCCCCAGGAACAGAGUUUUCCUGUCCCUGCCAUCUUCUGACAGCCCUGCCUACAUUUGGCAGUGCAGAGCCAGGCAGCUGUUCCCUCACUCCCUGCUGACCCUGGCUCAGGGUGGGGGGAGGGCAGGGCUGUGCAUGGUGUUCCCUUCAGACAGGGCUUACAACUGCUCCUGUCAGCUGAGCUUCAGCCUUUUGGGGAUCAGUUUCCGCAUACUGCACAUCUGAAACAGCUCUUUGCCCUGAGCAGAUGUAAAGGGUGACCUGUUCCUAUUAAACACAAU